ACAGGACAGACACAGAACACAGCACCAAGGCUGAACCGCCACGGCUCGGAGCAGCGAGGCCAGAAGUAUCUCUCCUCAGGCACCAGACAGGUCGCAGGUAGGAUGAGCAGCCCAAUGCACCGAGUGUCCCUGGGGGACACCUGGAGCAGGCAAGUGCACCCCGACAUAGAGUGUGAGAGGCACAGACAGUCCUUCAACGUGGAACGGCUCACCAACAUCCUUGACAGAGGAGCUGAGAACACUGCACUCCGGAGGAAAGUUGAGAACAUCAUCCACAGUGACCCAAAAUUCAGCCUGAAGGAUACUUAUUUCAUGACCCAGAAUGAAUGUUAUGAGGUCGCCGUUCAGAGGAAAUUCCACAUCCAGAUAAUAGCAAAGCGCCUGGGCUGGUCAGAAGACAGUCCUGAACUAUAUUACGCUUACAGAGCCCUUUCUGGAGAAGUGGCCUUAGGUUUACACGGCAUCUUCCUGAAAGCCCUCAGGAGCCUGGGCUCAGAGGAGCAGAUUGCCAAAUGGGCCCCACUCUGCAACAAGUUCCAGAUCAUCACAACAUAUGCCCAGACAGAACUGGGCCACGGGACAUAUCUUCAGGGCCUGGAGACUGAAGCCACCUAUGAUGCAGCCACUCAGGAGUUUGUGGUACACAGCCCCACGAUGACUGCCACCAAAUGGUGGCCUGGGGACCUGGGACGGUCAGCCACCCACGCCUUGGUCCAGGCCCAGCUGAUCUGCUCAGGAGCCCGGCAGGGGAUGCACUCCUUUAUUGUGCCCAUCCGGAGCCUCCAGGACCACACCCCACUGCCAGGAAUCACUGUUGGAGACAUCGGGCCCAAGAUGGGCUUUGACCAUAUAGACAAUGGCUUCUUGCGGCUGGACCAUGUGCGGAUCCCCAGAGAGAACAUGCUGAAUCGCUUUGCACAGGUCUUGCCAGAUGGCACCUACCUCAAGCAAGGAAAAUUGCAGAUCAACUACCUUUCCAUGGUGAUAACUCGAGUGUCUCUGAUCUGGGGCGAGAUAACACUCAACCUGAAGAAGGCCUGUGUCAUUGCCAUUCGCUACUCAGUCAUCCGUCGCCAGUCCCACCUCCGGCCCAGUGACUCAGAGGCAAAAAUCUUGGACUACCAGAUACAGCAGCAGAAACUCUGUCCUCAGCUGGCCACAGCCUAUGCAUUCCAUUUCCUGGCAAGCAACCUCCUGGAAUUCUUUCACAGCUCCUAUAAUGCCAUUCUGAACAAAGACUUCAGCCUCCUCCCUGAGCUCCAUGCGCUGAGCGCAGGAAUCAAGGCCAUGGUGUCGGACUUGUGCAACUCGGGGACUGAGCUAUGCCGCAAAGCCUGCGGCGGCCACGGCUACUCGAAGCUGAGCGGCCUGCCCUCACUGGUCACCAGAGGGGCAGCCGCCUGCACCUACGAGGGUGACAACACCGUGCUCUACCUGCAGCUGGCCAGGUUUCUGGAGAAAAACUACCUGCAAGCUCAAGCAUCCCCAGACUCCACAUCGCAGAGAUCUCUCCCUCAGUCUGUUGCAUACCUGACUGCACCUGACCUGGCCAGGUGCCCAGCCCAGAAAGCAGCUGACUUCCUCCACCCAAAACUCUACACCAUGGCCUGGGCACAUGUGGCAGCCAGGCUCGUAAAGGACUCAGUGCAUCAUUUACAGACUCUGAUGCGAUCUGGGGCUGACAGGCAUGAGGUGUGGAACCAGACCACUGUCAUGUUCGUCCAGGCUGCUAAGGCACACUGCUAUUAUAUCAGUGUGAAGAAUUUUACAGAAACUCUGGAGAAACUAGAAAAUGAACCAGCAAUUCAGCAGGUGCUCAAACGCCUCUGUGACCUCUACGCUUUACAUGGCAUCCUGACAAACUCGGGUGACUUUCUCCAUGAUGGCUUCCUAUCUGGGGCCCAAGUGGAUGCGGCGAGAACAGCCUACCUGGACCUGCUCGCCCUCAUCCGGAAGGAUGCCAUCUUGUUAACUGAUGCUUUUGACUUCACGGAUCAGUGUUUAAACUCAGCACUUGGCUGUUACGAUGGCAAUGUCUAUGAACGUCUGUUCCACUGGGCUCAGAAGUCACCAACCAAUACUCAGGGAAACCCUGCCUAUGAGAAAUAUUUAAGACCACUAUUACAAAGUUCAAGAGCCAAGCUGUGAAAUAAUCAGCAGCAUUCAAGAGGCACCACCAUGUGAUAAUGAGACUCAUGAUCUUCUUAGUCUGUAACAAAUGAAACAUCUGUGAUUUACUUCAAGAUAAUCCAUGGGAGGAAAAGGAAAGAACAAAUAGCUAAAGACUGUCAAUGGAUACAUGAAUGUUUGUACUAUUCUCUUUACUUCUGAAUGUGUAUGAAAUGUCCCACAAUAAAAAAUAGCAGCGCUA